ACUUCUUCUCUCUAGCUAGAUCCACAGUAAUCAAAAUUCUCCGGCGAUAAAUUUCCACUGAGAUUUUGACUCUAUCUCUUCUUCACUCUCUACCAAAGGCUCUCAUUUCAGAUAUGACGAUUUCUCGAGCUCCGAUCUCUGUUUUCGUACUCUUCUUGCUCUCCACUGUUUUGCCUCACCAUCUCUCGCUCGGAGCUCCGAUUACAUGCUCUGGUAUAGUUCCGAUGAAACACAGGACCGAGAUGCUAUCGAUUUCGGAUUUCGGAGCUGUCGGUGACGGAAAGACCUUAAACACCAACGCAUUCAACACAGCGAUUGAUCGGAUACGAAACUCCAACAACAGUAGCGAAGGAACGCUUCUUUAUGUACCUCGUGGUGUGUAUUUGACUCAGAGCUUCAAUCUUACUAGUCAUAUGACUCUAUACCUCGCCGAUGGUGCGGUUAUUAAAGCCGUUCAGGAUACGGAGAAAUGGCCUUUGACCGAUCCUUUGCCGUCUUAUGGAAGAGGACGAGAGCGCCCUGGACGAAGAUAUAUCAGCUUUAUUCAUGGAGAUGGACUCAAUGACGUUGUUAUUACAGGCAGAAAUGGGACGAUUGAUGGCCAAGGAGAGCCUUGGUGGAACAUGUGGAGACAUGGAACUCUAAAGUUUACUAGACCGGGUCUCAUCGAAUUCAAGAACUCAACAAACAUCGUCGUCUCUCACGUUGUUCUUCAGAACUCCGCUUUCUGGACACUUCAUCCGGUUUAUUGCAGUGAUGUUGUAGUUCAUCACGUUACCAUUCUCGCUCCAACUGAUUCCUUCAACACCGAUGGAAUUGAUCCAGAUUCGAGCUCUAACGUCUGUAUAGAAGAUUCCUACAUAUCCACUGGUGAUGACCUUGUUGCGGUGAAGAGCGGUUGGGAUGAGUAUGGCAUUGCCUACAACCAUCCAAGCCGUGACAUCACCAUCCGACGCAUCACCGGAUCUUCCCCUUUUGCUGGAAUAGCCAUCGGAAGCGAAACCUCUGGCGGAAUCCAAAAUAUCACAGUGGAAAACAUCACUCUGUACAAUUCUGGUAUCGGCAUCCACAUCAAGACGAACAUUGGCCGAGGAGGAAGCAUCCAGGGGAUAACAAUCUCCGGGGUUUACCUGGAAAAAGUCCGGACUGGGAUUAAGAUCUCUGGCGACACCGGAGAUCACCCAGACGAUAAAUUCAACCCAACCGCUCUUCCCGUAGUAAGAGGCAUAAUGAUCAAGAACGUAUGGGGAAUCAAAGUCGAGCGUGCUGGCAUGGUUCAAGGAUUAAAAGAUUCACCUUUCACCAAUCUCUGCUUCUCCAAUGUUACACUCACCGGAACAAAAAGUUCUCCAAUAUGGAAAUGCUCAGAUGUCGUAGGCGCCGCCUCCAAGGUCAACCCCACACCUUGCCCUGAGCUAACCACAACCACACAACAAGGCGGUUCCUGCGAAAACCAAUCCUAAUACUCCAAAAGCUAAGAGACUACUUGUAGAUUAAUGUAGGUUUUAUUGUCAUCUUCAUAACCAAAUCAGUUAUUAUUCAUAUUUUCUUUCACCAGCAAUCAACACUUGAGAUAAUCUAUAUAGACUAAUAUAAUCAAAUUAUAGAA